CGGAGUUCUGUCCCUCUUAACACUCCGUCACGGCGCCCUGUCGUGGGCCGAGGGCGAGGCACGCCGCUAGCCGUCACCUGGCUUCCGCUUCCGGUAGUGGCGCAGGGGCAGGCCGGGGCCGGGGGCCGGUGCGAGUCGGCCGGGGGCAGGGCGCGACCAUGGCGUUUUCCACCUUCCAGAAGGUGGCUGUGGUGUCGGGCAUCGUGCUGUGCGUCUCGCUGCUGCUGCCCAAGGCCUUCUUGUCCCGCGGGAGAAGGCCGGAGCCGCCGCCCGCGCCCUCGGGAAAGAUGGGUCGAUUUCCACCAAUGAUGCACCACCAAAUGCCCUCAGAUGGCCCAGCUUCAGGCACCCAUUUCCCCAGAUCUCACCUUGCAGAGGCAAUGGCAAAAACCAAAGGAUCCGGUGGCAGUGUGGGAGGUGGUGGUGGAAGAGGCCUUAUGGGCCAAAUAAUUCCCAUCUAUGGUUUUGGAAUUCUUCUCUACAUCCUAUACAUUCUAUUUAAGCUCUCUUCCAAGGGAAAAACCACUGUGGAGGACCGAAAAUCUACUACUGCUAUACAUGGAAAUCCAAAUAGGAAGAUUACCAACUAUGAGCUUGCACAGCUACAAGAGAAACUGAGAGAGACGGAAGAAGUCAUGGAAAAGUUAAUUAACCGAGUGGGACCAAACUAUGAGAGGGCACAGAAUGUGACUUCGGAACAGGAAAAACGGUUAUUGCAGCAACUGCGAGAAAUCACCAGGGUCAUGAAGGAGGGAAAACUCCUCGACAGUCCAUCUCCUGAGAAAGAAGCUGAGGAAGCCCCUUACAUGGAGGACUGGGAAGGCUACCCAGAAGAGACCUACCCAGUUUAUGACCUUUCCGACUGUGUGAAGCGAAGGCCAGAUACAAUCCUGGUGGAUUACCCUGACUUGAACCAAGCCUCUGCUGAAGAAAUAGCAGAAAGAAUGGGGGUGCUAGAGGAAGAAGAUGAUCAUUCAUGCUGUGAGAGUUUACCAGUUGACCUGGAUGAAGUAGGUAAGGACUUCCCAGCCCAGAAAGACAAGAUCAUCAGUUUUGGAGACCAGGUCAGGGUCCUGCCCCCCAGCCAAGAAUCAGAGUGCACAUGCUGUCACCAUGAAGAGGACGACCCUGCCAUCAUAGCAGAGAACAUGGUGUUCCCCUUGGACAGCAGCAGAGAGCCAGAGGAAACACACCAAUAUUCCAAAGAGGUGGUAUUCCAAUCUGGAAAUAGACUGGAUGAGGUCGAUGAGGUGGGCACAUUAAGGAAACGGAACCUUCAGGGUUUUGAGUGAAUCAAGGCUGGGAGGUUAAAUAUCGAAGUCCAGAAGUUAACCUACUGGAUUGGUUCCCAUCUUUCAUCUUUGGCCAAUGACCUGUGUAGCUCCCCUCCUGUGGUAUAGCAUCUCCUCCUCCAUGAGGGUGGCCCAAUGUAGCUGAUACCACCUGCCCCCAGGCCAUACUUUUGUUGACAUGCAAAGUAAUGCAGACAUGGAUAUGAAGACAAGCGGUGUCAUAGCUACCCUUUCUCUUCCAGCUUCUGUGAAUAAUCAGUGCAUUCAGUCAUCAUUCCCUAUUCAUAAUUCCUGAUUUGGCCCACACUACAAGGGGUAGGAAGUCAGCCUGGAAAUAUGGGACAUACUUUCUCUCUAGGAGCAGCUACUGAUAGUUUUCCUUUAGGUAGAAGUUGGUAGACAACCUUCUUGAAGAGCUAAGUCCUGAGUUGCCCUGUUAUGUAAGUUAUGAUAUAGUGAGAAAGACUGGCAGUUUUCCUUGGAAGGAAUGGUUUCAUUUAUAGCAAUCAUAGAUUAAUGACCGAAUGAACAGAUUUCUUAUUAUGGUCCUCACUGAGCAAAGGAAUUUCUGGGAACAUAUACAAAAUAUUAGAUUUGGAAGGGACUUGAGAGGCCAUCUAGUCUAUCCUUUUGCUAAGGAAGAAUUCCUUCUGCAACAUCCCUAAUAACUGAUUAUUCAGCCUUUGCUUGAAUCCCUCCAGUGAAAGGGAUAUUCAAAGUCUACUUUGAGAUUGCUCUAAUUGUUUUUCCUGACAUCAAGUCUAAAAUUUCCUGUUUCUCCAUCUACUGUUUCCAAAUCCAUUCUCAGGAUCUCAACAUUAUAAAGUCUUCUCUUUGUUCUACAUGACAACCCUUCAAAUUCUUGAAGCCAUCUGUUCCCCUGGCUUGGCCUAGUCGGCCACCCCUGUAGUUUCUCAAGGUUAAAUAUCUACUUCAUGCUCCUCAUAUGAUAUGACCUGAGUCAGGGAAGGUCCUUCCUCCUCCAUGUGCCCUCUGAUCACUCUCCAACUUCUCUCUUUCCUUCCUAAAACGUGAGGUACAAAACCAAACGCAGUACUCCAGAUGAGGGCAAAGUAGUCCAGGCCUCCUAAGUCCUAGAAAUUAUACCUCUCUUAGCAUAGUCUAAUAACAUUAACUUUUUGAAUCAAACCACUCUUUUGACACAUACUGAAAGGCAGUCCACCAAAUGCCACAGGUAUUUUUCAAAUUCAUUUCUUCUAGCCAUACCACUGAUAUUAUGUUUGUAGAACUGAUUUUUUUAACCCAACCAUAAGACUUUAUAUGUAUCUUUAUUAAGUCUCAUCUUAUUAAUUUCAGCCCAAUGAUCUAGCCUAUCCGUUUUGGAUUCUGACUCUUUCAUCCAACAUGUCAGCUCUUUCUUCUAGAUUUCUGUCAUUUGCAGAUUUGAUGCCAAUUCUUUUAUUUUUCUGGCAUAUAGUUUAUCUGCAUCAAGUGAGAUAUGCUCUCUUCUUUGCUACCUGUUUGGGGUAUGGAAUUUUGUUUCCCCAAUUGCCAUCCUUAUUCUGUCUUCCACAGCCCCAAAACUAUUCUCCUUGGCAAGAAGAAAAAAGAAGCUAGGCCAGACAAGGACACCUUUCUCAAAGAAGCUCCUUUGGGAGAAAGUAAAGAUACUUCUCUCUUCUAAUAGGAAAAUGAACUCUGCUAUUUUACAUGGAAUAGUUUUUAGCUUUUUAAAAUAAUCUGCUUAUUUUCAAAUGUGAAUUUGAAUAUUGUGGAUCAAUCCUCAACUUGACCACCAAUAUUGCCAGCUACUGAGUCUUCCUAAGCACUUCCAAAUCCAGAAACACCUUUCUACCCUUGCAGUUAUACCAUUCUCCACUGGGAUAAGACUAUUAUACAGGCCUUCCUAUUGUUCACCCUCACCCCAUCCCUACAUAAACAGAAGACCUUGAAGACAGGUAUAUAAAGCUCAGGGAACCUUUCCUAGGCAGCAGAAGCUUCCUGAGCUUGUCCAUACCUAGGAAGGGUUAAGCCCAUGGAGAAAAAUGCCCAGGGUCUCAGAACACUGAGAGCCCCUAGUUCUAGGUAUAAGUUACUUGAGCAAGAACAACUACAGGAAUCUCCAAAAUGUCAUUAUCUCUACUUUUAGAAGAUCUUCACUGCUGUAAGUUACUAUCUCCUGAACCAGUACAUUCCACCAGAUGAUAAGAAAGCAGUUUUGUUUUUGUUUUUAUAAUACAUAUUCAAUAGUUUCUACAUAUUUUUUAACCUUCACCUUCCAUCUUAGAAUCAAUACUCUGUAUUGGUUCUAAGACAGAAGAGUAGUAAAGGCUAGGCAAUGUUAUUAUGACCCACAAUAUGAAUUAAAUGAUUUACCCAGGGUCACAGUUAAGUCUCAGACCAAAUUUGAAGCCAGGACCUCACCAUCUCUAGGCCAGGCUCUCAAUCCACUGAGCCACUUAGCUACCUCCAUGCAGUUCUAAUCCAUUGCUUCAAGAACCAAUAACAAAUCUAAUGAGUCUUCCAAAUAAUAACCCUUCAGAUUGGAGAAGCCAUCACACUCCCUACUCUGUCCCCUAAGUUGUCUUCUCUAGCCUACCCAUUCCCAGUUCUUCCAAAUGAUCUUAAUAUGGCAAUAACUAAACCCUCUCCUCAGGCUGGAUUGUCCUUGGUCCAUAAUUCAGCUUGUCCAUAUUUUCCUCAACACUUCACAGACCAUUCUUUAGCGUGGUUACUCCCUCCACUGUCAGAUUACAACCCCUUAGUCGAUUAUAACUUAGUUUAUGAUCUUUGAGAGUUGCUAUGACCAAAAAUUAAUGAGUGAGGAACCCACCUGGAGACGAGUCUCUCUGAGUCCAUCACAAGGUCUAUAAUUAAGGCCUUUAUAGCUUGCACUUUGAGAUCACUUUCAUACCACAGUAAGGCAGCUGAAAUCUUUACUGGAUUUAGAUGGUUAAUUUUGGACCUAAAAUGUGAUUAGCAUCAUUGAAUUGCCUCUACCCUAGAAGAAGUAGAUUUUAUAAAUAAGGACAAAAACUUCUAUCAAAUGGAGAAAUAUUUUUAACUCAGAUACUGUACAAAACUAAUGAUGGAACCUCAUAGAUGGACUUGGAAUUGAAAGAGAUUUGAAGCUCUUUGCAAUCAGGCAACUAGGAGGAACAAGAGAUGGGUUAAGGAGAGUGCAACUGCAGAAAUUAGAAUUUUUUAGCCAUGUUUCAUAGAAUUAUGGAAUUCCAAAGCUAGUUCCCCUGGGGGCCUGAAAACAUUUGGGAGGUGGAAAGGGGAGGACAGAACUCUAGCCCUUUCUGCUCUGUCCUUUGCCAGAAGCAUUGGGCCAUUAUCUAGAAAACAUCUGGGAGAUUGGUGAAUGAAAUUUCAGUUUUUUUCUCUUUCCUCUUUUAGAACAGCCCUACCAUAUUUCUCUGGUUUACUCUCUAGCCAACUGGUCCCAGUGUAUUCCACUGACCUAUCUGAACCCCUGUUCGGUCCUAAAUAAAUAUGUAUAUUUUCAGACAUUCCAUCUCCUUGAGUUACCUCUGUUGGACCAUCCAUCUUUCACAACAUUCUCUAACAAAGGCUUUUUUUGGAUUUCACUUUCACACAACUUAAGAGUGGAAAAGAAGGGUCAAUCUUUUAGCUUUAUCAUUGCCUCCAAGCCCUCCCAGGCUCUUAUACACUGGCUCCCUUGAUGCUUUGGCACAUUCGGUCACAUUCUCCUCAACAGUUGUAAAUCUUUUCUUUCUUCAAGUUCUUACUCACAGUCCCACUCCCUGCACUGAUAAUAGAUGAUGUUGUCUUCUUUACUGUAUUAGUUAUCUGUUGUAUGUAUUAUAUAUCCACACUAAACUGUAAGCUCCAUGAGGGCAGGGACUUUGCCAUAUCUCAACUCUGUCCCUCUUCUUCACUUAAUAAAGGUUGAACUGACCUGGACUGGACCUUAA